AUGUCGUUCUGGCCGUUUGGACAGAACGUGAACAACUCCAACAUUAACCGGAUCCUGGACGACUACUUUCGGGUGCUGCAUUCUCUGGAGGAGGAUGGGGCGGGAGAGUCUGGGGAGCGGGAGGCCGGUGGCGGGCCAGCCGCGCCGGCAGCCGGGCGGAUUGUGAAGGAGCGCAGCACGAACGGUGGGGGCGCCAGCGGCGGCGCGCGGGACAGCCUGCAGCGCACGGAGGGUGGGGACGCGAUGAGGCCCGUUUACCACAACCCGAACAGCUCGGAGCAGGGCACGGUUUCGUCUGCGCCCUGUGUGCCAUCGGCACUAUCGUCUGCGGUGUCGAUAUGCACAGAGGAACUUGCAGACAGCGACGAGGCGCCGCUGACGAAGUUUUCACUCAACUACUCGUUCAUCGACAGCAUUUUAAAGGAGAGCGAGCUUUUGAACGAACUAACGAGACAGAAUAAUACGUUAUUGGAUUUUGUGUGCUUUGGGUUUUUCUAUGACACGGAUGGCAACAAAAUAGAUAAUAUCGAAUACCUAAUCGACCAAUUGAUGUUUUGCAUAGAUAGAGUUAAUGAAGAGCAGAAGGAAAACGACGAAACACGAACGCCCGGUCACGAGCAGGAAAACGAACAACACGACGAUUUUCUGCCCCCUCAACAGGCAGGGUUCCUUGAGGGCCAGGACUCCGAAUUCAUAAAGAAGGGCGUGUCCCCGGAACCUCCUUCGCACGAGGGGGAUGAUGCCAUCCUUCCCUUCUUGCACGGUCGCAGAGAUACACGUCAGUCUUCGCUUCUAAACAGGGUGAACACUAUUUCAGAGAUAUUUGCCUUGGACAUCUGGCUGAUCUCAGAGUCUCUCGUCAAAGACCCUUCUCACCUGUCCAAGAUUUGGUCGGUACUUAAUCACAAGGAUUUUAAGGCCGAAAAGUCGCCGCUAGUACCAAUAUUUUUGAAAAUAAACCAAAAUCUGCUUCUGACAAGACAGGAUCAGCUCUUGAACUUCAUAAGGGCUCGCGAGUCCCUAGUGGAUGAGUUCUUACAGCAUCUUGAGAUAUCAGUGCUGAUGGAUUUUUUCUUAAAAAUUAUUUCCACAGAUAAACAGGAAUCCCCGACAGGCAUAAUAGAGCUGGUGUAUGACCAAGGACUAAUACCUAAAAUGUUGUCAUUUCUGGACAACCACAAAUACUCUGCUGAUAUACAGGCCUGUGCGGGUGAUUUGAUGAAAGCGUUGAUUUCUAUCUCUACCAAUGCUCCCCUCGAUGAGUUAUCUAUCGGGCCGAAUGCACUAACGAGGCAGUUGUGCUCGGAAGAAAGCAUUGAUUGCUUUUUGGAUGCCAUCAUUAAUAAGAGAGGGCAUGCAUUGACUACAGCAGUUUCAGUGGUCAUUGAAUUGAUUCGCAAAAACAACUCUGAUUACGACCAAAUAAACCUCCUCUGUACAAGUGUUAAGACGCAUCCUCCAUCGACCAGAGAUCCAAUAUAUUUGGGCAGAAUGCUGAAGAAGUUUGCAGAAAAGUUACCUAAUUUUAAAAGGGUACUCUUGGAGAUAGAGAACGAUGGUAGUAUCAAAGAUAUACGAAAUCAACUGGGAAUCGAGUAUAAACCACUAGGCUUUGAACGCUUUAAAAUAGUCGAAUUAAUUGCUGAACUGCUACAUUGCUCAAACAUGGGUUUAAUGAACUCCAAGAAAGCGGAGAGGAUAGUUAAGGAACGCGAUGAGGUACGAAAUCACAUGGUUAAGCAGUUACAGGAUGCGUUGACGGAAUUGAAUAUGAAUGAUGGUAAUGAUAGAACUAAGGGCGACGAAAAGGGGUUGACAGGCCUUUGUGCUACAAAUACGAGCAUGAGUACUCAGACAACCGCUGUUAAUGAUAACGCUGACGAGGAAAUAGAUGAGUCUUUCGAAAUUCCUUACCUCAACAUGAACCAAAAUUCGAAGCUACGCCAUAAUCCGACUAUCGGCGACUUAUUUAAAAUUCAGCUUUAUGAUACACAACUCCUGCCCAAGAUAAUCCAACUAUUCAUUGAGCAUCCAUGGAACAACUUCUGGCAUAAUGUGGUCUUUGACAUUAUUCAACAGAUUUUUAAUGGUAGAAUGGAUUUUUCAUACAAUUCUUUUUUGGUAUAUUCCCUCUUCAAUAAUAAAGAUGCAGGACAAUUUGUUAUCGAUGUCAAGCCUGAAGAAAAUAGGGCUCAAGACUUUACCGAUUUUGCAAUUACUAGAGAUCUCGUCUUACAGGGUUAUAAGAAUUCACAUGCUUUUUACGAACAAUAUAAUACUAACCUGGGGUAUAUGGGCCAUUUGGUUCUAAUUGCGGAGGAAAUAGUCAAGUUUUCCAAGGUUUACAAAGUAGAAUUGAUAUCUCCUGAUAUUCACAGGGUGCUCCAGGAUCCAGAUUGGAUAUUCUACUCGGAGGAUGCUUUAAAUGACACUAGGAUGAUGUAUUCCAAGAUAUUGGGCGGUAGUGAGUACUUGGGCGAAGAAAAUGGUUGCACUGCCGCUGAAAUGGAGCAACUCACUGAAACUGGGGAAAAUUUGCCCGAGUUCGGUGGGAAAUUGUCCGGCUACUCGUUCUCCACGCAGGCAGAUCUACACCAGAAGUUGAAAGAAAAGCUAAUCAAAAGGAGCCAAGAAGAAGUCGACCUGAAAAACAAGAAGAACGGCGUGAUUAUCCUUGGCCCACCUCCGGCGCAUGAAUAG